UGAUACUCUUCGAAAUGAUGAUAAGUCCAUAAAGACUGUUUUACUCACUUCAAUUAUUUGAUGGAGUUGGCUUCUUCAUCAUCUUCAUCCUUCCUAAAAUCGGAACCCCAUUUCAUAUACGAUGUGUUCAUCAACUUUUGGGGAGAAGACAUCCGGAGAAAAUUCGUUUCUCAUCUUCAUUCUGUUCUUUUACAAGCUCAAGUCAAAACAUUGAUUAACGAGGAGAACCUGCAGGAGGGAAUUACGCUGGAAGAGAACAUGCGAGCAAUAGCAGCCUCUAAGAUUGCAAUAAUCGUUUUCUCCAAAACAUACACUGAAUCUACCUGUUGUCUUCGUGAGCUUGAAAAAAUCAUCGAAUGCCGGGAAACUUUUGGCCAAAUAGUUCUGCCAGUAUUUUACGAGCUUUAUCCAUUCGAUGUACGUUAUCAACAAGAUGACUUUGGAAAAUCGUUGGAAGAAACUGGACACAAAAGCUAUUCAGGAGAACAACUAGAACAUGCAUUAUCCAGUUGGAGCCGUGCACUCAACAUAGCUGCAAGUAUCACUGGUUGGGAUGUCAAAGAUUUCAGGCAUGAUGCUGAACUUGUGGAGGAAAUUGUUAGCCGCGUUCAGGCAUUAUUGGACUAUAAAGACUUGUUUAUUACCCAAUUUCCUGUUGGAUUAGAGUCCCAUGUGGAAAAGGUGAUUGGAUGUAUUGAAAAUCAUUCCACCAAAGUGUGCAUGAUAGGGAUAUGGGGAAUGGGAGGAUCAGGUAAAACUACCUUAGCCAAAGCCAUCUACAAUCAAAUUUAUCAUCCAUUUAUUGGUAAGAGUUUUAUUGAAAAUGUUAGAGAAGUUAGGGAUCAAGUAAAUAGGCAUGUUGAUUUGCAAGAAAAAUUUCUUUAUGAGGUUCUUAAAUCCAAGUUUGAGGUUAAAACCAUUGGGAUGGGAAGAAGUAUCAUCGAGAAUGAACUUUCUAAAAAAAGGUUGCUCAUUGUGCUUGAUGAUGCGAAUGAGUUUUGCCAUUUAGAAAACCUAUGCGGGAAUCGUGGAUGGUUUGGUCAAGGAACUGUGAUAAUCAUUACCACUAGAGAUGUUCGAGUACUGAACCAACUCAAAGUUGAUUUUGUUUAUAAGAUGGAUGUGAUGAACGAAAAUGAUUCCCUUGAGCUUUUAUGUUGGCAUGCCUUUAGAGAUGCAAAACCAAGUGAAGACUUCAAUGAACUUGCCAGAAACAUAGUUACUUAUUGUGGAGGACUACCACUAGCUCUUGUGGUCCUUGGUUCCCAUUUAUAUGAUAAGACAUUGGAAAUGUGGGAAAGUGUAACUUUAAAGCUACAAAUAUUUCCUGAUGAACGCAUUCUACGAAAUUUGGAAAAAGGUUUUGAAGCUUUGUGUGAUGACAUGGAAAAGGAUAUAUUUCUUGAUGUAUGUUGUUUCUUUAUUGGUAAAGAUAGAGGCUAUGUCACAGAGAUACUAAAUGGCUGUGGACUACAUGCUGAUAUUGGAAUGACAAUUCUCAUAGAACGUGGUCUUAUAAAAGUUGAAAGGAACAAUAAACUUGAAAUGCAUCCUUUGUUACGGGAUAUGGGAAGAGAUAUUAUUCGUCGAAGAUGGCCAAAGGAACCGGGGAAAAGGAGUCGAUUAUGGUUUCAUGAGGAUGUAAAACAUGUACUGCAAAAUAAAACUGGGUCAAAAGCUACUGAAGGAUUGUCCCUGAAAUUGCAUUCAACCAACAGAGAUUGCUUCAAAGCUCAUGCUUUCAAGCAAAUGAAGAGGUUGAGACUGCUACAACUGGAUCAUGUUCAACUUGUUGGAGACUAUGGGUACCUUUCUAAACAACUGAGAUGGAUUUGUUGGCAAGGGUUUCCUUCACAAUACAUUCCAAACAACUUUCAUAUGGAAAAUGUAAUUGCAAUUGAUUUAAAGCAUAGUCAUCUUCAACUCGUCUGGAGACAACCCCGGGUUUUAGAGGGGUUAAAAUUCCUUAAUCUUAGUCACUCCAAGUACUUGAGAGAAACACCUGAUUUUUCAGGACUACCAAGUCUUGAACAACUUAUUCUAAAAGAUUGUACAAGUUUGUGCAAGGUACACCCAUCCAUUGGAGAUCUCUGUAAUCUACUACUGAUAAAUUUGAGGGACUGCACAAGUCUAACCAGUCUCCCCAAAGAGGUAUAUAAGUUGAAAUCUUUAAAAACUUUCAACCUCUCUGGUUGUUUCAAGAUUGACAUAUUGAAGGAAGAUAUAAUGCAGAUGGAAUCCUUGAUAACACUAAUUUCUGAAAAUACUGUUGUGAAACAAGUGCCUUGUUCAAUUGUGAGCUCUAAACACAUGGCAUAUAUAUCCCUGCAUGGAUUUGAAGGAUUGUCACAUAAUUUUUUUUCUUCUACCAUUCGGUCUUGGAUGUCCCCAACAAUGAAUUCCCAAUCUUAUAUCAGUCCAUUGUGCCUUGAUACGAACAAUGAUAAUUGGGGAGAACUUGCGCCAUUGCAUAGCUGCCUCACAAAUCUUCGAAGUAUGUUGGUUCAAUGUGACACGGAGUUUCAACUAUCUAUGCAACUAAACACAAUUCUUGUCGAAUACGGUGCAAAUUUUAUAGAAUCAAGAAUUUCAAAUCAUCGUUUGAGGUUUUCUUUGAUAGGUGUUGGAAGUUGCAAUGAAUUCUUCAACACUCUCAGCGAUAAUGUUUCUAAGGGAUUCGCAAGGAGUAAGUGUUGUGAUGUUCCUCUUCCAGGUGACAACCAUCCUUAUUGGCUGAGCCAUAUUGGUGAUGGAAAUUCUGUUUCUUUCACUAUGCCUAAGGAUUGUGACAUGAAGGGAAUAGCUUUGUGUGUUGCUUAUUUAUCAACCCCUGAAAUGGUGGCAACUGAAUGUUUUAGAAGUGUGUUAAUUGUUAAUUACACAAAGUGCACAUGCCAUAUACACAACCAUGGCACAGUAAUGUCCUUUAAUGAUGAAGAUUGGCAUGGCAUAAUGUCAAAUUUAGAGUCUGGAGACAAGGUGGAGUUUUUUGUGAGUUGUGGUCAUGGAUUGGUGUUCAAGAACACAGCAGUCUAUUUGAUAUACGGUGACUAAAAAUGACUUGGAAAGAGAACAUUGGAGAAAAAAUAAAAACAGAUUCAUUCAUAUUCAUAAAUAAAAUUGUAAUGCGAAUUCUGGUAAGGCAUUAUCUUCUUUGGAACAGCAGGAUCCCUUUAGUUAUGGAAUUAAUCCUUGUGUCCUUGAUUGCUAUUUAUAGUUAAGAAAUUAAAUGUCUAUAUUGCUCUGUC